ANAUAGUAUCAUGGCUAAAUAGUAAAUAUUUACUUAAACACAUUUAGAGAAGCUAAGCGAUAAUAGUAAAUAGUUGUCGAAACUUUGUUAGAUAAGGCAUUAUCAGCUGUCAUUGCGAUGCAUUUGGAUGGUUGGUUGGGAUACGAGUUACUAAAAGAACGGAAACCCGCCUAAAUUCAAUAUUUAGUAAAUAGUUCCGGGGAUGUGUCGAGAUGGCAAAAUCAAUUGAAAGCUUAGAAGAGCAAUUUUCUACUAAAUGCAGUUUAAAAACAUCAGAGAUCGAUAACAAACCUCUGGAGUGUAUACCACUGCUGUUACGCGACCUCCUGCAUUGCAAGGAAACAUCUUCACCUGCAAUUUUUCAGGCUUUCGAUGGUGCUUUGUUAUUCCGUACAAUUAUUCUGCACGGCAAAGUUGUUGGAAAAAUUAUACCAAGCAAUAAAAAAAGUCAAUAUAAAUUUGAAAUCGACGAUUGCACCAAGGUUUUACCAGUAUUUAUUUGCAAAAAACAGGAAGAUAUUGCCGAAGUUCAACGCUUAAAAAAUGAAUUGUCUGCUAGAAAGUCAGGCAAGCAACGCAAAGACAUUCUGGAAGCUUUAGAGCGAAUGUUGGACACAACUAGGAAACAGCUCGAUCCCUCUCGAAUUUCCAUAGGCAAUAAAAUAUUUGUGUUCGGCAGACCAAACAUAUUUCGUGGCCAUAUAGGCAUAUUUGUAUACAGUUGGGAUUUGGACGAGGGCACCGAUAGAAAUAUGGAAUUAGCCUUUAAAGACGAACUUAUCCACUGGUACAAAAACAAAUACUCUGUAUUGAAAAAAUAAAGUUUUGGUUAUAAAUUUUAGUUCAAUGAA